AUGGCCACUCCAGCUAGUCCCGCUGCUACAGUCACCAACCCUACCAUGCCAGGUACCAUCGAUCCUCAUACUGGUACGGCCACCACCGGUGCACAUGACAUUGAGAAAGGCCAAAGACACCAAGGACUUGGUCACGGACACGGCCAAGGACAUAUCGAUCCGAGACUCAACGAAGCUCAACCUGGUUUCCCAGUAUAUCAAAAAUCAAGAGCUAAUCCUGCUCCUCUUGGUCUAUUCGCUUUUGCCACCACCACUCUGUUGUUCUCACUUAUCAAUGCUCAUGCCAGACAUGUCACUCAACAAAACAUCGCCGUAGGAAUGUCAUUCGCCCUCGGCGGUCUCGCUCAAUUCGUAGCUGGUAUCUUCGAAUUCUGCGUUGGCAAUACCUUCGGUAUGACUGCGUUCUGCGGCUACGGUGCUUUCUCAUUCUCAAUUGCCAUUUCCUACUGGCCAUCUUCAGGGGUCUUGACCACCUACGCACCUACUCCCCUCGAUCCAUACAGACUCGACGCAGCUAUCGGACUCUUCCUCAUGUGUUGGUUCGUUUUCACCUUUGUCCUCUGGCUCGGUACCUUCAGGUCCAGUGUCGUACUUUGUGGAACAUUCUUCUUCUUCUGGCUUUCACUCCUUCUCCUCGCCUCUGGAUACAUGGCCAAUAAAGUAGGAGUCAUCAAAGCUGGCGGUUGGAUGGGUAUCAUCACUUCGCUCAUGGCAUUCUACGUCGGAGCUCAUAGUUUCCUCACUGCCGAAGCUGCUCCGAUUCAACUUCCCAACCCAAGUCUAGCCAGGAAGCGAGUCUGA